AUGUCUGCCAACUUAUACUUUGCUUACUCCAUCAAGAAGGAGUAUAGUCUGCCGGUGACUCCUAACGGCGAUGCUGCCGAUGAGGCGAGGAAAGAACGUAAGAAGUUCAUCAGAGCGUGUGACGCCUGCUCAAUACGAAAGACCAAAUGUGAUGAAAGCAGACCUUGUCGAAAUUGCUACAACAACGGACUAGAGUGUACCGAGCUUCGGGAACGGAAGAAGAUGGGGCCCAAGAAGCUAAGGAAAAGAACUCUAGACACGAUCAACGCCUUGGGCAAGACUCGGCGUUUGGCGCCUGACCUCACGCCUGUAGCAGAUGUGCUCAGCACAACACCUUUUUGUGAAACGGUGGCCAGGGCAUUGGUGCCGUUGACGGUGCCGUCGCUUUCGCUUUGUUUACCUGAGAUCCUCAACUACUUGAAAAAUUCCAAUUCUCAUAAUGCAAACAACUUGGAGGGAAUGGCAAAAGAUGUGGCUAUGGCGUCGUGGGCACUUUUGCUUCUUGCUGCGCUUUCAGCAAAGGGAAAUCCUCCUCCCAAAAACACCAUCACUGAAUUGGCUGAGUAUGUAACACAGGCCCAUGCGGACUUCUCUAGCCAGCUGUUUCUCCUGCUCAAGGAAACAACCACAUCAGCAACUCACUACUACAUGUCCCUUGCAGAGCUUCACAUGUACGGCUAUUUUGCCUUCAAAAGCCAUGCUUUCUGCAUCAGGCAGCUUCUCCACCUUCGAGGGGCCAUCACUCACUAUCAGCUAAUAUCAGCGUCCUCGGACAGUGACAUCACCGGACUUUCUGAACUACGACUUACUUUGUAUACUGCUGAGCGCAGUGCGUGCUUGUUCGCCAUUGAUGAAGUAUUUCGAGGUAAUUGUUUGAUUUUUUCGGGUCCUUCGUCUAGUUUCUAUGCUGACUUCCCUGUGAAGACGCUAAUUCUUGACUGCUGCCACGAUAUAUUCAACGUCCUAGAGGCAAGCGGUGUGUUCAUGCGGAGCUCUAGCCUUCCAAGCAUAUUUGUUUGGCGCUACUCUGCAUUUGAGACCAGGACCGGUAUCUAUGGCAGCAUCAAGGUAAAAGCGCAUGAAAUCGUUCUGGCGAAGCUUAACAAUACAAUGACAGCGUCUGAGAGGCUGUUUGUGCAAGUUCUCUUGAAAUUCGUUUUGUUCAGGGUGUUACUUUUGUAUGCUGGUGAGUACUCUCAGGAUACGGUGAGUAACGAGCUACUUGAAUUGAUCACUCAAACUACUGCCGCCCUUGCUAUUGGCAAAGAUGAUCCCUUUUUCAAAAUUCAUAUCCGUGUGUUUUCUCUCAUUCCACAGAUGCUCGAUCUACUACGUUCCUACUUCGAGUCUGUCGGCAACAAUGCACCGGCAGAAGCACACGGACGACUCAAAGAGUAUACUCAUGCCUUGCUAGCUCUUUGUGAACACACUCCUUUCGGCGCAAUGGCUGAAAUGGAUGAAAUUUUGUGUCACUGGUUUACAAAAGAAGCUAAUGACUUGUGGACUGCUCUUAGUUCAGAGAGCCCUGGUAUGUCCCUCGGUCUGUGA